UAAAAUAUCACAAAAAACUGCCUCUUUGCAAAGCAAAGCGAGGAAAAGCAGUCGUGCCUGGCAACAAUGAGGUAUUUUCACUUCUGUAAGCUUCCGGGGAGAGUUAUGGGAAUCCGCCUGCUUCGCUUCACUUCUGUGGUGAUCAUCGUCUUACUCCUCGUAGCAGGGGCUUUGACAGCUUUGCUGCCCAGCAUCAAAGAUGACAAAAUGCCCAAUUUGAAAAGGGAGCCAAAAGCCCCGAGCCAGCCUGCCUUGGAUGCAUUUACUCUGAUUAUGCAGACUUACAACAGGACUGACUUGCUGCUAAAACUGUUAAAUCACUACCAAGCCAUUCCACAUCUGCACAAGGUAAUUGUUGUGUGGAACAACGUUGGUGAGAAGGUACCAGAGGACACAUGGAAUUCCCUGGGACCUCAUCCCGUCCCGGUUGUCUUCAAAGUUCAAGCACUAAAUCGCAUGAGGAACCGACUCCAGAAUUUUCCUGAGCUGGAAACAAAAGCUGUUUUGAUGAUGGAUGAUGAUACUCUAGUCAGUGCCCAUGACCUUGCUUUUGCCUUCUCUGUUUGGCAGCAAUUUCCAGAGCAAAUAGUGGGAUUUGUUCCUAGGAAGCACGUUUCUACUCCUUCGGGUGUAUACACGUACGGCAGCUUUGAAUUGCAAAGCCCUGGGUCUGGAAACGGCGACCAGUACUCCAUGGUUCUCAUUGGUGCAGCAUUUUUCCACAGUGGGUACCUAGAGGACUUUCAGAAACAGCCAGAAGCUGUUUAUGCCUUAAUAGAUGAAACUCAGAAUUGUGAUGAUAUUGCCAUGAAUUUUCUAGUAGCAAAGAAUACUGGAAAGUCUUCGGGAGUGUUUGUAAAGCCUGUUGAUAUACGAAAUUUAGAAAAAGACACUAACAGUGGCUAUUCUGGAAUGUGGCACAGAGCAGAGCAUUUGUUGCAGAGAUCUUACUGUGUGAACAAGCUGGUUAAUAUUUAUGAUGGCAUGCCCUUAAAAUAUUCUAAUAUUAUGAUUUCUCAGUUUGGUUUUCCUAAUUAUGCCAAUCACAAGAAUAAAAUGUAAGCUAAUCUGCUUAAGAGGGCAGAUAUUAAACAAUACUCUGUGAAUUGUACUACGUGCAAGGAGUAAGGUGUAGGUUACUGCAUUUUGAUCAUACAUACUCAUAACCUUUUUCAUUUUUUAAUGUAUUCCUUUUUCUGUGAAGACUCUAUGCUGAUGUUUAGGUGUAAUAAAAUCAUCCUUGUUCCUUACAAAAACAAGAAGCUUUUUACAGUUAGUUACAGGGCAGUUCUUGAGAAACUUGCACACAAAAAUGCACUCCUACACAGUAGCAAGAGUUUUGAUUUACCUUUCUUUUAUAUGUAUUAUAUAUAUAUAAUUUUUUUUUUUUUGUAAUAUAUGUAUCUAGUGACAUGAUGUCUGGGCAUAUUUUUGAUAUUUGCAUGUUGAGACAUCUCCUUCCUUUUCCCUCCCCGCCUUUCUCCUCAGUUCCCCAUGAACCUGUAGAAGGGCUACAGCAAGCUGUUGGCCAGGCUUCUAGACCCCUGUACAACCCCYCCUUUGCAGUUUGUAUGUAAGGUAUUAUUCUGUAUUCUGAGAAGUCCCUGAAGCUGAUAUGAAAGCAAGCCAGAAGGAGCACACUCAGCCCUGAGCCAUCUAAGUCCUAAAACCAUCACCUGCAACACGUGUGAUCACUAAGGUAGUGGAUAAUGAUCUCUUUGAUACAGCUGCUUUUUUUUCUGGAGUUGCUGAAAUGAUGCUUAUCAGUUGCAAGGUAAAACCUAGCUGUUGGCAAUGUAAGAAAAAUGAUUACAUAAAAUAUGAUUCUUACAUGUGCUGCCAAAACAARUAGGUAUCAUGUUCCUUAUUAACACUCCCUUUAGUAUUUAGUUUUGUUUUGGUAUUUUGCAUGUACAGUGUUACAAAAUGUGCCCGAAAGAGCCUAGUUUUAAAAAUGUCUUGUUUACAAUUCCAUAUAGGAGUAAGCUGUUUUACAUUUAGUCCAGGGUGUAUAUUUUGUAAUAUUAUAGGUCCACUAUUUUUUUUUAAACUUUUCUUUCAGUGAAAUAUUCGCUUUGCUUUAUGGUUCCUUUCAUCUCUGCUUUUGCUGGCUGUGAGAAUGGAUUUAAAUUGCUGUACAGUGAAUGGAUAAAACAUUAUAAAAGGUAUUUUAAGGUAGAGUCAGGGAGGGCCUGACUACAUUCAAUCUUUGACCUUAUCUAUAGCAGGAAAUAGAGUUAUCAUUAAUAGCUUUUUGGGGGAUUCGGUUUUAAUCUGGAAACAUUGUGCUAACAUAAGGCAAAAACCAUUUUCAUUGCAGUUACAGAAUUUGUUGUGUGGUAUGGAGAGGAAAUGAACCAAAGGCAGUAAUUUUGCUGGAUCACAGAGUAGAAUGAAGUCUGGCAUCUACAGAAGAUGUUAGCAUUGGCUUUUAAUGAAUUCUCAAUAGCAGUGCAAAGGAAUCCAUGAGCGAUCAGUAAUAGCUUAUUUCUAGUACACAAAUGGUAUAUAAUUUUUUUAAGAGGCUAGCUCAACAAAAAGACRAUGUGAAAAAUGUAGUAAGUUCUUUACAACUGGGCUGAUUCUGGCUGCAGAGUUUAAACUUGAUGAGAAGAGAGGCUAUUUUGCCUUGCCUUGUUUUUUUCAGUAUUGGAGGAUUUGUUCUACAUUCAGUGAAGUCUUCCUAGUACUAUUGCAAGAUUUAACGGUUAAAAUCUUAACAUGGUAGUGUAAAAGCUGCUAGAUUUUGUUGUGAUAGUGAAAAGUAGAUUUCAAUUAUUGUGAUGUAAACAUACGUAGUAUACAAAUAGAUCUGUGGUCUCUUCAGAAAUGCAAAUUUCCUAAUGGUACCUUAUUGCCUUUCAUUAACUUACUGGUCUUUUGUAAUUUCUGUUCUGUGCAGUAUCAACUAAAAUUGUGAAGAUUCACAGAUGUUGUUUACCUGCUUUAAAAAUGUGGCAUGAAUUGUCAUCUCAGCCAAAUCUUAGUCCUGGGUUGUUUAUUUCAGGUAGGUUUUCUUUGCGGGGAGGGGGAGGAAGGGACGUUGCUUUUCUGUAUCUGUCAAGGAAUUAAUAGAACAAGUUUUUAUUAUACUGGUAACUUAAUUUGUACCAUUGUCRAAUAAAAUACAUAGAUUUGUUUUGCA